GCUCCCUAUCAAAAUGCUCGCCGAGUCUUCCUCCCCCCCAUUUGUUUUCCUUUACCACCAGCGUCGCACGCAGUACUUUUCCCCGGUCUACAAAGACCUCACUCUCCUCCCCCCCGGGCGAAACUGCUUUCUUCCAAAGCCUUCUCCUUUCCCUCCUCUCUCUCGCAUCCACAUUGUUCUCGUUUCCCCGGCCAGGGAUGGCAAUAGACCACGCAUCCCCUCUCGCCUUCAGGUGCAGAGGCGCCAUGGGAGGAGCAGAGUGCGAGGACGAGGCGGAGGACAACCAGCGGUGGCCGCCGUGGCUGAAGCCGCUGCUGGCGACAAGCUUCUUCGUGCAAUGCAGGGUCCACGCCGAAGCCCACAAGAGCGAGUGCAACAUGUACUGCCUCGACUGCAUCAACGGCGCGCUCUGCUCCCUCUGCCUCGCCCACCACCGCGACCACCACGCCAUCCAGAUACGGAGGUCGUCGUACCACGACGUGAUCCGGGUGUCGGAGAUUCAGAAGGUGCUGGACAUCGCCGGCGUGCAGACGUACAUCAUCAACAGCGCGCGCGUGGUGUUCCUCAACGAGCGGCCGCAGCCGAGGCCCGGCAAGGGGGUCACCAACACCUGCGAGGUCUGCGACCGCAGCCUCCUAGACUCCUUCCGCUUCUGCUCCCUCGGAUGCAAAAUUGCAGGCACGUCCGGCGGCUACCGGCCGAGGAAGAAGCACGGCGGCGGCGUUGAGAGUAAGAAGAAGAAGAAGAAAAGAGCGGCGGCGCUCAAGGACGCGCGGUCUUACUCGGACGGCUCGAGCAGCAGCAGCAGCAGCGACAGGAGCAGCGUGGUGCAGAGCUUCACGCCGUCGACCCCGCCGCCCACCACCAGCAGCAGCUACCGCGCCGGCAAUAAGCGCCGCAAGGGCAUCCCGCACCGGUCGCCGUUCGGCAGCCUCAUCGUCGAGUUCUAGCUUCAGCUAGAAAAGGUCAGCUCUGUAGCAUACUGUAUAGUAGUGGUACUACAUGACAUAGACAAGAGGGAAAUAACUGCGCCGCCCAGAACAAGCCCUGUGCUUCCAAGCGCGGAGGUCGGCCGGCCGGAGUAAUGCCGGAGUGCGGCAUGAGCUGUAAGCACAUUAUACCAUACCGUGUUACUUUCAGUUUCAAGUUUUAGUUACAGUUCAGUUAGUUAGUAGUACUCCGUCAAAUCGUACUUCACUAGUACUAGCUGCUUUGCAACCUUGUAUUUAUACCCCCCAUAUGGUAGAUGUCUCAGAAAUGUGGAGCAAGUAAGGACCUGCAGGAGGUAGUGCUGGGGUGUUCAUAUGGUGUGCACGAGCCAUGUAAUAAUACAAAUAAGAUUGCUGCUCGUAGCUAAUUAUGCAAUCAUGUUUUUGGUGUUC